AUGUUGAUACUUACUACUGACAUUGUGAUAGCGGAUGAAUUCUACCCACCCAGUAAGGUCAUAACAAUUGUCAUCCACAACGCCGAGAUCCCGAGGGUUCGCAGAGGGCUGUAUCUUGACCCGUUCCAAAGGCAAGAAAACGACAUAGUCAUCCCCGAGGUCUCCCUAGCAUGGAAAUCCCGUCCCAAACUCGCCGGCUUCACAAGUGACCUAAGGCGCGUAAACGUUGACCUCCCGGGAACAAAACAAGAGAUGUGGGUAAUUGAUAACCGGGAGGUAAAAGGCGAGGAACGGGGACGAGACAGGAAAGCGUCAUUCCCCAUCGAUGUCGAAAACCCGUUGCUUAGGAUGAUUCGGUGGUUCGAGGAUGCGGGAAAGUCACGAGGAGGAAUAAAGGGGUUUCGCUGGUUUUGGCUUAUGGCUUUCCAGCAUUCAACCCAUGCCCUACUUACACUAAAGCUGAGUGUGAGCUUCCUUCCGAAAUGCCCACUGAAUGCAGCAGGUUGUAUCCAUGUCUAUUCCGUUAACUCAUUUCCAGGCAAAGCGGACGACCUAAUUCUCCUCGAGAUCUACUGCCUUCAAUGA